GGUUACACAGGUGAAGAUUGCACAGAAGGUGAGGCAGAUAUACGUGUUCAAUAUCCAAGUAUUAGCAGUCACUUAACGAUUAGGAAAGUCAGUGACCGUUGUUUUACAUAAAUUCUUUAGUACUCUCCUCAUGCACUUUUUUAAUUUUUUCAUUGAGGAUGAAGAAAGAGCAGCGGUGAACUAUGAGAGAAAACUAGGGAAGGAAACAUUGGGGGAAGUAGGAGGGGAGGGGGGGGUAGGUAACGAUAGGUCGAAAGGCGUUUAUCCGGAGGAGGAAAUCCUCAUUGCCGCUUCUAGCAAUGGAGAACGCGAUGAACCCUCUCUGCAAUGCAACCCUGCCGGUAGCUCGAUGCGUUUUACCGUUCCUGACGGUGCGACUUCUUUCGUUAAGUUCAAAAUAAAAAGUUGCUUAAAGGACGUUAAAGUCGGUGAUUUCUAGGCCUUUCCCGAUGAUUAUUCUAUUAAAACUGGCAUUUGCUCCUAGAAAUUAGGCUUUACGCCAAAAUAAAUGCUCAAAUUAUGCUCGAUUCUCAAAAUAACACUACUUUGGUUUCAGAAAAUGCUUUGUUUAAUUUCAAGCAAAACUUAGAAACUCGAAGUCCUUAGCGCUUGUUGUACUGCGACAUGACGCUGUCUUGGAGGUAGUCAACAAGAGCACAAUUCUGUAGCUCGUUGAAGGACGCUUUCAGUAUUGAAUAUACUCUUUCUGCCGUAGCAGACGAUGGUUGGAUAAGGAGAGCUUGCUUCACUGCGGAAGAUCAACGAGGAAGUUGCUCCUCGUGCCCACACCACCAUUCGACUUUCUUCUCUUCAGUCGGGAUAACAACAUCUUUAGCGGCAGCCAAAUAGGCAGGAAGCUCGGCUUUGAGACUGUCGAUGGUAGUAUCACUAUCCAGGAAAGGAAAUGCUCUUAGAGAAUCUACUAAUGCAUUUGUGGGCUUAAGCCACUGGAUCCUAACGGGGCAGAAUAGUCUGGCAGCCUUGAAUGUUACCACUACGUCAUAAAAAUCGACAUUGAAUUUUCUCAGAAACCACGUAAUUGCCGGCCUAACACAAGCAUUCGCUCUCCGUUCAAGUGCUGUUACGUUCUGACAUGGGUCUUCCUCCGCAAUUGCAAUUGCAAUUGCACGGACUUUUAGGGAAACGGCGCUUAGUUUCUCAUAACAAGCAAAAACCAAAGGACCAUCCCCUUCCAAAAAAUACGUGGCUUUCACAAAAUUUUCGCCAACAUCGAUAGUGGCGGCAAGCUCAAGCUUCAAGUUCAUUAGUCGCUGUGGAUCAGAAAGUGCUUGAGGUUGUGGCAGUAGCUUUGGGCAAACUUUUGUGUCCUUUGCCUCUUCUACUAACCUUUCGACAUCUCCAAACUGCACCAUCAACUGAUGAUACACCUCACAUUCGGACCACCUUCUAGUCUCGCUGUACGACCUUGCUGUUUGACCUGUUAGAUCCUUCCAUAACAGCUUGGCUUUACAACUAUGGUGAAACACUCUAAUCCAAAGGCUUCCGAACUCUACCAGUGUUGGGAUCACUAAAUGGUUUUCCACGUUAUCAAGUGUAUGAGAGAAGCACACGACAUUCAGCAUCUUAAGGAAUCUAAAUGCUAUUCUGUCCAGUGCUGCUUGGUUCACGCUCGCACCGUCUCUCAAGGCUGCGAGCAAGGAAUUUGCUCUGACCCCAUAAUCAACAGACAGGCACUGAUUAAGAACUUGUGCCAGUUCGUUGGCAUUAACUGACUUAGAGUGAACAUCAAUUCUCACAAGCCGUUGGAUAAUGUUCCAGCCAUUGUCCACUAUUAUAGCAAUUGCUUCCCCUUGUCUGGUGCUGCCGUCAAAAAUGACUGAAAGGUCCCUUCUCAUGCCAACUUGACCAGACAUUUCCAAUUCUUGUUUAAUCCGUUCAAUUUCCUGUUUCAAAGUCAUGGAAACAUACUGUCCUAGUUUAGAACUUCCAGUGAGUCGAUAGCUGUACUUCUCCAACAGAGACCGUAGCAUGUCUAUUUUACCGAGCGGGAUACCCGCCUUCAAAAACUCACUGAAAACUUCGAGUCUGUAGGCACAUUCUUCCACGCGCAACGUGCUAUCUUUUGAACUUCCUUCUCUUCUGAAUGCCUCGAUUAUGGUCUGUCUUUCAAUUUCGAUUUUUUCAACUUCUCUUUACCGUUUUGAUGCUUCUUGGACGAAAUAUGGAUUUUCAGAACACUUUUCUUGGAGGAAAUAAUUUCUCUACAUCUACUACGAAACAAGUUUCCUUCUCUGACAAUCAAAUUCUCGCCUGGAAACUGCUUGACUCGCUCGUAUAACGGGACUUUCGUUGUAUCGUUGUUUCCUCUCCGUUUGUAAUUUCCCCUAGUUGAUUCUAAAGAUCGAUCUUGAGCUAUUGUUGAAGGUAUUGGUCUAUGUUCUCCUUCAGAAUUUCCUUCUAUGAGCUGCAAGUAUCGAGAAGAUGGCGUGGCACUGGCCGACGCCAUCUUGUUUGUACAUGCGCGUGAACGGCCUCUGAAAGUUAACCGCUGACCAGCAGCACUCAGUUCACACAGUUACAGAAAUCCUUCUCUAAAACACAAAAGCAAAUCAUCGCAAUGCUUUUGAAUUCUAAAAUUUAGCAUUUAAACUCUUUUUAGUGCUGAAAUCUAGAUCAAAGUUAUGCAAAAUGCUAAAUAAUGCUAGCGAUUCUUUUUACAGAAAAAGUGUGAAAAAAAUGCUUUUUUAAUCACAUAAUGCCAAAAAAAAAGCUAGCAUAAUCGGGAAGGGCCCUAGUGAUUUCACGAUUUUGUUCUGUAUGAGGUGGCUAAGAAAGGUACAAAUUUUAUAAUGCACUUGCUGCACAGUUAUUUUGCUCAUUAGAUCUUUUGUUUCUCUACGUUUACUUUACAGUCGUCGUCAAGGUUUUCUUAAAGUCCCUAAUAAAUAAGAGAUAUACAGACCCUAACUCAGAUUUAGAAGUCUGUGGUCUCGAAAUCUCUGUAAUUGAAUUUAUUCAUGAUUCUUUCUUCAAGACGUUGAUGAGUGUGAUCUGGGAGAACACAAAUGUGAUUCAAAUGCUGAAUGUAUAAAUACCCGUGGAUCCUACGACUGCAAAUGUAAAGAAGGAUUUACAAGAGAUGGCCUGACGUGCACAGGUAAGUGUUGACUGAUAAUUACCAAAUAGGAAGUACAUUAUCCAUCAGCCACUCUACAAGCAAGCCGCACCGCAUUCCUGCCGUAACACAAGAAGGUCUAAAUAUGGUUUAAAUAACUGUUAGAACUAAGGGAAAAAUGUUUAAAAGCUCGUGUAAUCUUCUGUUGUCACCCAUUCCCCCAGACCUCUUAAAAAUGUCUUUGUGUUACUUUCAGAUUUUGACGAGUGUAAAUUGGUUGAUAAUUAUUGCACCAAGGGUGGCGCCAAUUGUACAAACACUGUAGGGUCAUUCAACUGCACCUGCCAGACUCGAUAUUUCUGGACUGGCAUGAAAUGCGAAGGUUUGUUUACUCUAGUAUUGUUUAGGCUUAUGUGAACAUCGUUCCAAGGAGUCUUUCUUAUUAUUUUUCUGUCUGUUUCUCCCUCUCUAUCUCUUUCUCUUAAUUCGAUGCUCUCUCUCUGUCACAAUCCUUAUCAAUCCCUAUCUAGAUUGUCUGUGUGUCUCUCUUUUUGUGGUUGGACGAAACACCAAAAUAAUUAACACUUAACUACUAUUGAAAUCCUUCGGAACUCGAGCGCCAAGAACGCUCUGCCUCUGAAUUAUGUAUCACUUAACAAUAACUACUGAUUGCGGACGAAGAUAUUUCGGCAAAGAAUGUCACUAAGUCACAUACGUUACGCGACAACAACAAGAGUUAUUACGUAACUUUCUUUAUUCGUUGUUUUUCACAAGUGCUUGAACACCUUCCGCACAGUCCUUUUUUGUAAUCAAAGUCAGUCUUUUCAACAUUUUGUCUGUCUGUCGGAUUAUCUUAAUGUCGUUUGUUAGUUUGUUUAUUUUUCCGUCUGCCUGUAAUUCUUUAUUAACAUUAGAAAGUGGAAUGGGAUUUCAGUUUCAUUUUCCCUUUGUGAUAAAAACAGUAACGAAAAUAACUGACGAGGGCAUGCUUUCCGAAAAAAAAGAUUAUUAUUUUUUUAAUAUAAACCUUGAUUUGGUCGGCGAUAUUUGUUAAUCCUGAGCUACUUCUAGCACCAGUACCAGCAAAAACUACCAAAAUUGAGAGGCACAAUUUGCAUGAUUUGCCAUUGAAAGGUUACCUCAUGUUAGCUUAUUUUAAGGUUUUUUGAGUUGAACCCUUGGUUGUGAAGUCAAGUUAGUAGUCCCUUUAAACAUCCCUUUUUUAGUUUGAAACUGUCAUCGCCGAUAUAAAAAGACAAUUAUUAUACUUGUGCACCAUUUGGAAAGAGAAGGGAAAAUUAUAGCAUAAGAAAUUUGCAGGUAAUGGCAGUUGCCGAACGGCGUUCUUUCCCUUCUUGGUAAGGAAAUGUAAUGGAAAAGUUGAUGGAAAUUUACCUGCUGUUUUUUAAAAGGUGCAUUUUAUACCUGUAAAUCAUUAAGAAGUUUGAACUGCAAUUAAUUCUUGAAAGUUCUAACCUUGAUAAAUACUAUUAUCAUUUCCUCUUUGAUUAUAUGUGAUUCUCUAGCCGAUGGUUGUUACAACUACACAAAUCUGACAAAUGCUAACAGAAACAGAAAUUACGAUACACCCUUACAUGGUCCUUCUCUGUGUGACGAUAAGCUCAUUGAGGGAUGGCAUCGAUUUGUGGGAGAUGCUGGAACAAAAAUGCCAACAACGAGUGUGCUAGCAUUUAAAUGUGGUACAGACCGGCCAGGUUGGUUGAAUGGUGCUCAUCCUACAGUGGAAGAUGGUAAAGUCAAAAGAAAGGUCUGCUUUAGUGAUCUUUCUAUGGAUUGCAGAAGCGAUAUAAAUAUUGUUGUAAAAAACUGUGGAUCCUUCUAUAUCUACUAUCUCCAUGAAACACCAAACUGUAGUUGGCGCUACUGUGGAACUAAUUGAUGAGGGG